UAGGAAUGUACAUAUUAUAUUUUGAGCGCUGGUAUAUUGUGCUUAAUUAGUAUAUACUUUGUUUCCAUAAUUAUUUUGUUUUUGUUUCCAUAAGUUUUUUUAUUUCACAUGGCAAUUGAAUUUAUGUAUCUGCAGUGCACAUGGCAAUGAGCGAUGCCCGGUACAAGCUGCUUGGUGGUGGACAGUACCCAUCCGAGUGUGAUGAGGAUGCCCCAGUCCCUCAUGCCCUUCCAGUUCCAUUCUGUCAUUGUGAACCGGGCAAUCAGCUGGCAGAGGUGAAGCAAUCGAGGCAUCCCAAGACGGCCGAUAGAGCAUUCUACAUAUGCAAGUGGAAUGAUUCAUUGAAUCCUUGCCACUGCUUUUUCUUUCAGUGGAUCGAUGGUCCGGAUAAGUUUGAUCCUACAAUUCGGAUGUUCCCUUAUUAUCGGUCAGAGUCGUGGGCGUACAAUGAGUUUAGACGAUGGGUCCCUCCCCCACCAAAUCCACCACCUAUGACAGAGGAAGAGAAGCAAGAAACUGCUAUAUAUCGUGUGAACAAUCCUCCCAAAUGUCAUUGCGGUGUUCGUGCCAAACUUCAAAGGCCCAAUAUUGGUGUCCCUCCAAAGUUCACUCCCUUUUUUAGAUGCUCGCUAAAGACUAUAGAUGGAUGGCCGGUAUGUGACUUCAAUGAGUAUAUUUAUGGUCGUAGAUCCCAUUGGCCGACAGAAGAGGAAGUGCGAGAAUUUGAGAGUGGGAAGAAGCCAUGGCCAUGUACAACUACUCCUAGUCUUCGAUGCAAGUGUGGUAUUCUGGCCACAAAAGGCGUAGUUCCUUCUGAGCUUGGCUACAGAUAUUACUGUGGCAAUAGCUACGGAGAGUAUUGGGAGGGAAGGACAUGUGAUUGGGAGUGGUUCCAAGGCCGGUAUGAGCUAAUGUUGCAAUUGGGCAGAACAAAAGAGCCUUGGAAAUCUAGAGACACUAUAAAUAGAAAACUGAAGCUAAGGAAGGAUUACCAAGUUAUUUUGCCCCUUGAGUCAUUUCUGUCAGGGACUGUACUCCAAGACCUACGGCGUGAGUAUGGAAAGAAGGCAGCAGAAAAGGCAACUCUUGAGGAUUGCAUUGUUUAUUGGAGGAGGAACCGAAGCAAGUACCCACGGCCCCUCACAGAUAGGGAGCUUUUGGCAAAUUAUGAGAAGAAGAAGGAGGAGGAGGAGGAGUUGGAGAGGCAGAGGUUAAGGGAGGAAAGAGCAAAGAAAUGUUUUACUGUUGAUACGGAAGCUAAAUACCCAAAGGAUUCUUGGGAAGAAUAUUUUCAGAAAUUGGAGGCUAACAAGAGGAUGAAAGAAAUGGAAAAGAUGGAGGAUUUAGCUCAGGAGGCUCAGAUGGAGGCAAUGCAGGCCCUAGUUGCCGAUCUGCCACACAAGGUGCCCAACGUUGAGAAGGAUGUGUCAUCCGCGAGCACGGAGGUUUUGGGUGUUAGAGGUACUCAAAUGGAGGCAAUGAAGUCAAUUGUAGAAGACUUACCGGCCCAGGACAAAGGGAAGAGUAUUUCUGAGCAUGACCAUGUUCCUGAUGAUGGAGAUGAUGACGAGUGGUGGGCAAUGAAUGCAGCAGAAGUAGAGGUCAUAGUGUCCCAAAUUGAGGUGAGAAAGGGGAAAGCUGUAGUCAAAGAUGAUGGAGAUGAUAAUGAUGAUGGUUGGGGAGAGCUUUUGAUUGAAGGCGACUCUGAUUAGUUUGUUUUAUUUAUACUUGUAUGGACUCUAUAUAUGAUUGGACUAUGUGUGUGACGGACUUUUUUAUUGCUAGACUAUUUAUGUGCUUUACCUAUUCAUGUGGUUGUCGUUUGUGUAUGAGAUUUUAUUUGUAGUUUCGAACAUUGUAUGGUUAUGAAAUUAGGAAUUUAUUUUGUU